AUGUAUUUUUCCAUUCCUGAUACCACAGAAAUAUCUGCUAAACGAAGUAUUGAUCAACGUGCUUAUAUAUUAUUUAAUAUUCAUAUUAAUGGAAUUCAUUAUUGUAGUUUACGUUAUUCUCAAUUACGUAGAUUUAAUGAUGAAGUUCAACGUUCAUUUUCAAAUUCACUGAUUAAUAGUCAACCAUUUCCACCGAAAAAAUUCUUUCGUUUAUCUUUACGUGAAAUAGAUGAACGACGUAUUUUACUUGAACGUUAUUUACAAUCUGUGGUUCCAAAUAAAUCGUUAACAUCAUCAAUAUAUUUCACUGAAUUCUUCUUAAAUGCACAACGUGAAACAUUUGUCAAUGAAUUCAUAGAAAGAACAUGUCCGGAAACAAUUAAUUUAACUGUAUAUCUCUUAAAUAAACAUGAAAUGACUCUUGAAAAUUUUUCACCAUACGAUAAUCUAUCAAAAUUAUUUCAUGCAUGUACAAAUAAAAUUCAAUUAGACGAUGAAUAUUAUUCAUAUUUUUCUUUAUUUCUUUAUGAAUAUGAAAAUAAUCAAUUAAAUUUAAUUCGACCAUUAUUUUCAUUUGAAUAUCCAUAUAUAACAUUCGAACAAACAAAACUAAUUCAUAAAAAUUCAUGUCUGGUAUUUAAAAAAUCAUAUUGGGAUUUAAAUUAUGAUUUACGAUUAUUAGAUAAUCGUUAUACACGUAAUCUUGUUUUUAUUCAAGCAGAAUAUGAUAUCGAACAAAGUAAACAUAUCUAUCCAAGUGAUAUUUAUGAACAAUUAGAUGUAUUACAUGAUAAUGAAUAUAUUACAUUAGCACGUACAUCGAAGUUUUAUGGAUAUUUAAUAUUUCAACAAUGUUCAAUGAAUGAUUUAAUCACACAAAAACUUUCUCAAUGUAUAUUAACGAUUGGUAAUAAUGAAAUGCUAUGUUAUUUUAUUAAUGAUGAUAAGGAAAAUGAGGAUUUAUUUGUUAAAAAUAUUUCAUUUAAAGUUACACGUAUUCGAUGUUGGAAAGUCAAUUGGACAAAAUUAGAUUUAAAUAUAACAUUUGAAUAUUUAAUUAAAAAAGAUAGUUUACAAUGGUUUACAAUACAUACAGAACAAGCUGCUUUAAUUAGUACAUGUUUACAAAGUAUUGUCGAUGAAAUCUUAGCUAAAAAUGAUGAGACAACUAGUCCAGUAACAGUUGUAGAUAUAUCGAAUAAUGGGAAUGCUCUUGCAACACGAACUAGAUCAGAUUUUGAACGAUUGAGUAAUAAUGAAAUAUUUGAUAGAGAUAAUGGUGAUGAUGAUUUAUAG